AAACCCACUUCCGGCAUGCGUUUCCGCGCGUUCGCGGCACAAAACAUGGCGAUGACAACGAGCCAAAACGAUGGCCAGUUGCAACAGAAAGAAGCAGUGGAGGAUGAUCAGGCGCUGUCGAGAUCUGACAGUUUGAUUUGUUUGUCUUUAAUUCGUGGUAGUGGCGAGGAUUCUCUCGAUGGCCUUAUGAGACCAAGAUGUCCCCUCACCCCUUCGCUGUCCCCACGGAAACGGACCACCAGCCAAAGCAAAACUGAGCCUCCAUUACUAAGGACAAAUAAGAGGACAAUUUACACUGCAGGGCGACCACCCUGGUACAACGUUACUGGGACCACCUUUAAAGAAGCCUUUGUCAUAGGUCUGUGUGGAGGGAGUGCCUCUGGGAAAACCACCGUGGCCAAUAAGAUCAUAGAGGCUCUUGAUGUUCCUUGGGUUGUUCUGCUUUCUAUGGACUCUUUCUACAAGGUUUUGAGUAAAGAGGAACAGGAGUUGGCUGCCAGAAACGAGUACAACUUUGAUCAUCCGGAUGCCUUUGAUUUUGAGCUGGUGGUUACUGUGUUGAGAAAACUGAAAAAGGGCAAAAGCAUCAAAGUGCCUGUGUAUGACUUCACCACCCAUAACCGUCGCAAGGAGUGGAAAACCGUCUAUGGGGCCAACGUUGUGAUAUUUGAGGGAAUCUUGGCUUUUGCCAACAAGGAGCUUUUAAAGCUGCUAGACAUGAAGGUGUUUGUAGACACUGACUCUGAUAUCCGGCUGGUCAGGCGUCUGAAAAGGGACAUCACGGAUCGAGGGCGUGAUAUUGCAGGCGUCAUUAAACAGUACAACAAAUUUGUCAAGCCAGCGUUUGAACAGUACAUCGAACCCACUGUGCAGGUUGCAGAUAUUGUGGUCCCAAGGGGUGGAGAAAACUUUGUAGCGUUGGAUCUUAUUGUUCAGCACGUUCACAGUCAACUGGAAAAGAGGAAACUCCGCUGGGAUAUAUCAGCCCUGGCAUCUGCCCAUCAGGGUCAACCUCUACCCAAGACUCUGAGCGUCAUGGAGAGCACACCACAGGUUAGAGGAAUGCACACUAUUAUCAGGAAUAAAGAAACCAGUCGGGAUGAAUUUAUUUUCUAUUCAAAGAGAUUAAUGAGGCUUCUCAUAGAGCACGCCCUGUCCUUCCUGCCGCUGAAGCCGGUGUCUGUUGAAACUCCUCAAGGAACUGUAUAUGAAGGGAAGAGGCUGAGCGGGAAAAGGAUCACUGGUGUGUCCAUUCUACGGGCAGGAGAGACCAUGGAACAGGCCUUGAUGGCUGUUUGUAAGGACAUUCGACUCGGAAAGAUCCUCAUCCAGACCAAUCACGACACAGGAGAGCCUGAGCUCCAUUACCUGCGUCUGCCCAAGGACCUCAGUGAGGACUAUGUCAUCCUGAUGGACAGCACCGUGUCAACAGGGGCGGCAGCUCUAAUGGCUGUCAGAGUCUUACUUGAUCAUGAUGUCCAGGAGCAUAAGAUCUUCCUGCUCUCUCUGCUCAUGGCGGAGAUGGGGGUCCACUCAGUGGCCUACGCCUUUCCCAAGGUGCGCAUCAUCACCACUGCCGUGGACAAGAAUGUUAAUGAUGAGUUCCACAUAAUUCCAGGGAUUGGUAAUUUUGGGGACCGUUACUUUGGGACUGAUGCUCCUUCAGACUGGUAUGAAAGCGAUGAUGGGAUGGACUACUGAAUUUCGACACGUGUAUGUGAGCAACUCUGUCUGUAUGCAUUGGAGAAGGGAACAUUUUAAGCACUUAUCUCAUAAGAUUGUGGACCCAAUGCCCUGCCCUAUUUUAGCAUAAGCCUUAGCCAUCUUUUGCUACUGGUUCUUGCAAUACUAUAUGCUACACGUGUGCCCAUGCUCAAUACAGGGCAAAGCAUCAACGGGACCCAAAACAUGGGAGAUUACUGCUCAUUGGCUUACCUCAUGACCAUCACAUGACCAUCACAAUUUGCAGAUUGUUAUUACUUCCUGAAAUAAGGACACAACACAGUUUGUUUGAAAUGGCAUACUACCAAACUACUUGGGCUAUUUUUCAAUAGUAUGAGCAGUAGAACAUAGUAUGUAUAAUUGAUUACAAAUGCAGCACGUACACACCAAUAUUUGUUCGCUGUUUUCAUGUUGUCUUACCUUUCAUUUGUAUGUAUAUAUGGCAUACAUGUGCAUUGAAGUGCUUGACCAAAUCAUCAUAUCUUAAGUGAAAUAGAUGUUCAUAUGCCCGCAUUUUUUCAGCUUUAAUUUAAUCUGCCUUUAAUAUAGGAGCUUUGGUAAAACUGCAGAAAUUUUACUACCUCGAAUAGUAGCCCAUGGACAAAGUAGAAAUUGUAAAGAUUUGGUUCGGAGAUCAUUGUUUACUACAAUGCUGCAAUUCUAAUCAUAAACAAUACGUUUAUUGUUUAAUCUACUUUGUUGCUUUAGAUUUUUUUCCAAUUGAUUGGUGUCUUGAAGGCUGAUAUAGAUGUGAAGUGCCAAAUGCCAAUCAAUAUAUCAGUCUACUUGGUAGUGUUUGUGUGGAUGUAAAAAUGUUGGAUAUUAAUGAAAUAUAUUUAAAAAAAAAAAAAAAAACUCCAAAGGAGUCAUUUCCAUCUCAUCUUUGAUUUUAGUAUUUAGCACCACAGUGUCACAGAGGGGAACAAAAUCAGGGUUAUAGUUUGUUGCUGCCAUUUUCUGUUAUGUACUUGAAUUUUAAUGUAGAUGAUGUAUAUUUAUUUUUCUUCAGUUUACUUGUCAUGCCUGAUUGAUAAGAGGCAGUGACUGAUUGCUUAGCAAUUUCAAAAGUUGAGUCAGAAUUAUUGGAGAACAUGUUGGAGGUAUCUUUAGCAACAAUUAAACCAAGAGAGAGCAAAACAUGUGCUUCUGAUGUUUCACUGUUACAUGUUUUUUUUUUUUUUAAGCCUGAUUAUAGUAAUACUGCCAAUAUGCACAUACAGCAGCCUCUGAUGCACUUAUGGUAAAUUUGUCACACUUAUACCCAUUGGUGAGUGUAGCACAUUAUUUAAAUUUAAUUUAAUGAAAAAUGAAUUUGUCUACUUGGUCCCACUUGACAAAAUGUACUUGAAAUUGACAUCUUUGUCUCAGGACCCUCUAUGUAAUAUCUUAUUUUUUGUUGCGUUUGUCGCUUAAUUGGAACUGCCUUUUGGUUUUGUAUACAGCAAUUUUAUGGCUUGGUUAUGUGUUGUUCUUUUAAAUAAAGCAUAACCAAAUAUCAUUAAUGAAUUUCAGACUUCACUACAUUGGCAACAUUGUUAUAAGGGAAAAAAUAUACAUUUCCCCCUUUACUCUCUCCAGAGAUGUGUACUGUACUUACUGAUUUUGUUGUACUUGUAAGAAUACCCUAGUUUUUCUGUUUACAUGCUUCAAACUGACCUCCAUUGCUUUUUUGUGUCUAUAUAAAAAGCGCAAUAAAAUAUAUUGUG